UUAAAAGCCCGACCCAACCCGACGCGGGUGCCCGGUUUAGGGUUUUGGGAUUGAGAGCGCUAUAAACACUAAGCCCGCGAACCACAUUUCUCACUUCACACUUUUCACAUUCCCAAAUACACUCUCAUCUCACCUCUCCUUACGGCGACUCUCCGUCUCCGAUGUCUCACGAAGAGGUCAUCGAAGAUAUGUCGCCAGAAAAUAUGGCAUCUGGUGACGAGGUAGGUCAAUUUGAUUCACAGAUUGUGCGUACAUGUGCUUCUACUAUACUUCAAAAUGAUUGUCCCUUUGAUUUUUUUGAGCGCUCGGCAUUGAGGAACUUGGCGAAGUACUUAAAUCCAGAUCUUGUUAUGCCUCCUAUAAAUGUUAUUAAGGCUUAUGUAUUUGAUUUGUACUUGAAAGAGAAACUGAAACUUAAACAAGAAUUUGCUACUAUUCCUAAUAGGAUAUCUUUAACUGUUGAUUUGUGGGAAUCUUGCACUACUAUGCCUUAUAUUUGUUUGACUGCUCAUUUUGUUGAUGCGGAUUGGAAGUUAAAUAGUAAGGUUCUCAAUUUUUGUAGAGUUUACCCUCCCACUGGUGGUGAGAUGUGUGAGACAAUGAUUGAAUUGUUGAAUGAUUGGGGAAUAGAGAAAAAGAUUUUUUCGCUUACUUUAGAUGAUUCAUUUGAGAAUAAUGUUCUGCAAGAACAAUUGAAAAAUCAACUUGGUUUGCAAAAUGGUUUGUUAUGUGAUGGAGAGUUCUUUCGUGUGCACUGUUUUGCACGUGUUUUAAAACUGAUUGUUGAUGAGGGGUUGCAACUAGUUAGUUAUGCUGUGUGUAAAAUUAGAGAGAGCAUCUUGUUUGUGAGGGAUUCAAAGAGUAGAAUGCAAAAAUUUAAGGAGUGUGUUGAAAAGGUUGGUGGUGUUGAUAGUUCUGUUCGUUUGCAUCCGGAUAUGUCUAUGACUGUGAACUCAACUUAUUUGAUGCUUGAAAGUGCUCUAAAAUAUCGGAGUGUAUUUGAAAGUCUUCACUUGUAUGAUGAUGAUUAUAAGUUAUGUCCUUCUGUAGAACAGUGGAAAAGAGUCGAAAAAAUUUGUGCAUUCUUGUUGCCUUUUAGUGAAACUGUGAACAUGAUUAAUGGCACAACACAUCCUACUUCCAACUUGUAUUUUUUGCAAGUUUGGAAAGUCCAAUGUGUUCUAGUUGAAAGUUUGGGAGUUGAAGAUGAAGUUAUAAAGAAAAUGGCUGAAAGGAUGAUGAGUGAGUUUCAGAAAUAUUGGGAUGAGUACAGUCUUGUUCUUGCAUUGGGAGCGGUUCUUGACCCGCGGAUGAAGUUGUCUAGACUGGCUUAUUGUUACUCAAAACUUGAUGCAUCAACCUGUGAAAAGAAGUUGCAAGAUGUAAAGAGCAAGUUGUACAUGCUGUUUGACAAGUAUUCUAGCAAAAGCACUUCCUCUGGUGUGCAUAGAACUAUUCAGGACCAGUCUUCUAGCAUGCCAUUGCAAAAGUCUUUAUCUGACCGCGUCUUUGAUGAAUUGAAAGUGCACCAUCAGCAGCUUGUUACUGAAACCGGAAAGUCUCAACUUGAUAUUUACUUAGAUGAGUCAAAUUUGGAUUUUCGUAGUUAUGAAGAUAUGGAUGUAUUACAAUGGUGGAAGAGUAAUAAUGAUCGAUUUCCAGAUCUAUCAUUAUUGGCUUGUGACUUGUUAAGUGUUCCCAUUGCCACCGUCGCUUCUGAUUAUGAAUUUUGUAUGGGCUCACGCGUUUUUAACAAGUAUAAAGAUCGUAUGUUGCCGAUGAAUAUGGAUGCUAGAUUUUUUACUCGCAGUUGGUUGUACAAUUUUGGUAGCAAUGAUGGGGAAGACGACGACGAUGACUUUGAUGGGGAAGACGACGACGAUGACUUUGAUGGGGAAGACGACGACAAUGACUUUGAUGGGGAAGACGGCGACGAUGACUUUGAAGAAAUGAUCAAUGAACUUGAUGAUGGUGAAGACGGUGAUGAAUGAAGAUGACGCUGAUGAUGAUGGUGAUGAUUUAUUUGCUUGUAUUUAUUUAACUUGGGCUUUAUGGUUCAAAAAAUUUAAACUAUAUAUGGUUGUUAAGGUUAUGUUUUUUGGACUUGCUGCUGAGCUUAAUUCUUAAAUUUUGUAACUUGAGACUUGUUUUGAACUUGUAAUAUGGGGAUUUGUUUGCAUUCUAAUGUUUGCUGUUGGACAAAGUUUGCAAUUCCAUGUGAAAGGAGACAAGACUAUGAUCAAUCCUUAUUUAA